UCUCAAAUCAUAGCUCGCUGAUAAUUCAACAAGAAACCAUUUUCAAGACUCUGUGUGAACUUCUGUUUCCAAUAUGAUGCACAUCAAGUACUUGUUCGCCUUCUUCGCUGUCCUGAUGCUCGUGGUCCUGGGCGCCAACGUGGCCGAUGCCGACUGUCUUUCUGGAAGGUAUAAGGGUCCCUGUGCCGUCUGGGACAAUGAGACCUGUCGCCGUGUGUGCAAGGAGGAAGGACGAGUCAGUGGACACUGCAGCCCCAGCCUGAAGUGCUGGUGCGAAGGGUGCUAAAACUUCACUUCUAUAAACAUUCUUUAAAAUCCGUGAAGCGCUUCCUUAUAUUUUUAUUACAUACUUUAACCAUGAAUAUCGAAUAAAAGCGACAAUGUACAUUAAAAACUAAAAAACAACAUAUUCCUUUACUAGUUGUCAAGGUCAAAUAUUUAGCAUUAAUAAAGUCAGUUAAAAUGCA